AUGGCUCCACAAGUAUUUCUGAUCACUGGAACCAGCACUGGACUUGGAAAUGAGCUUGUGAAAAAGUGUUUAGCAGAGGGUGACAAAGUCGUUGCUACGGCGAGAAACUCUUCGAAGCUCAAGUUCGAUGGUACAACGAAAGAUAACUUUCUCGCAAUCGAUCUUGACGUUACCGACCAGAGUGCUGUCGACAAGGCAUUCGAUGCAACUCUCAAGCAGUUUGGGCGCGUCGAUGUGGUCGUAAACAAUGCUGGCUACGGCCUCUGCGGUGAAUUCGAAUCAUGUUCAGAAAAGCAGGCACGCACACAAAUGGAAGUCAACUUCUUCGGUCUGAUGUAUGUGACCAGAAAAGCUCUCAAGAUCAUGCGAGAGGUCAACAAGCCCGUGGGAGGAAAGAUUCAGCAGGUCACGUCUAUCGGCGGUCAGGUUGCUUUCCCGACGACCUCGAUAUAUUGUGCUUCGAAGUGGGCUGUGGAAGGCCUCACAGAGUCAAUAAGCCAAGAGAUGAAGCCGGAGUGGAACAUCAAAUUGACCUGUAUCGAGCCAGGUGGGUUUCGGACGGAUUGGGCAGGUCGGAGCAUGGUCUUUGGGGAAGAAAAGGAGGCUGCAUACGAUCAUAUUGAUGCUGAGAAGGCUAUGGAGAAAGCCAAUGGAACUCAGAAGGGUGAUCCUGCUAAGGGUGCCAGGGCAAUGUGGGAACUCGCCAAAAUGGAGGAUCCUCCUCUCCGCACAGUCAUUGGUUCAGAUGCACACCAAAUCGUCGAGGAUAAGAUUAAGCAGUAUGAAAGAUUGUACUCCAAGUAUAAGGGUUUCAGCUGUAAGUUCGCUGGAUUUGCGCGUGAAUGCUGGCUAACUUGA